ACGACUGUUUCAGGACAGGGACCACAUAUCCCGCUGGCUCCUAGUCCUGCAAUCAACGAGGUUAUGAACUGUACUUCGGGUUUGGCUGUUUGUGCUCCAGCAAUUAUUCAGGGAGGAACUCCGUCGCCGGAAUGCUGCACUGCCAUAGAGACUGCGGUGAACACGCAGCUAUCUUGUCUUUGCAAAUUUAUCAAAAGCCCUAUGUUGUUUGUCCCUUUCAAUGUUACCACCUUCAACGCUCUUUUCUCCCAAACUUGUGGACUCACCGCCGAUCCAAACUUGUGUUCCAAAACUACUG